AUGGCUUCUCCCCGUGCCUCUGGCUUCUGGGACCGUCCCAGCUCGAUGUCUCGAUCCGACUCUGCCGAUGAGUAUUUUGUGGAUGGGGAGGAUGAGGAUGUAGAGCAGCAGGAGAGGUUGUUGGACGGAGAAGAGGACGAGUACGAUGGGAGGACGCCGCUGGACAAGACUAUUGAUAGGAUUGGGAUGGGUAGUUAUCAGUGGGCGUUGCUGUCGUUGUGUGGCUUGGGUUGGAUGGCGGAUAAUAUGUGGAUCCAAGCGGUAGCCAUUAUCCUUCCUCGAGUACAGCAACACUACGCUGGCAAGCCCGUUCCCGAUAGCUACAUUGGUGCGGUGUCGUCGUCGAUGUUUGGAGGGAUGAUGAUUGGCGCUGUUGGUUGGGGCACAUGCUCCGACCUUAUGGGCAGGAUAACGGCGUUCAACGCUACCCUGUUCCUCACAGCCAUUUUUGGCAUUCUAGCGUCGCUUUCAAACUCGUUUGUGACGCUCUGCAUAUCGCUGUUCUUCCUGGGCAGUUCCGUCGGGGGCUCGAUGCCAACCGACGGCACGCUCCUAUUGGAACACAUGCCCAAAUCGAAGCAAUACCUCGUCACAGCCCUCUCGGUGUUCUUCUCGUUUGGCGCCGUCCUCUCGGCUGUCAUCGCCCUGCUUGUUAUCCCGCAGAACUCGUGUAAGGACACGACAACGUGUAACCCUGAUAGUGAUAAUCUGGGUUGGAAGUAUCUCCUGAUUGCUCUAGCGUUGUUGACACUCUUCAUGUUCAUCUCGAGGAUGGUGUUCUUCCGGUUACACGAGUCACCCCGGUACCUCGUCCACGCGGGGCGGCCGCACGACGCGAUCAAGUCGCUGCAGCUCAUCUCCCGCUUCAACGGGUCCAACAUCUCCUUCGAGCUGGACGACGUGCGGGACACCCAUCCGCCUCAAGAUUCCACUUCGCCGACAUCCACCGGGAACACCACCGGCUUGAAACCCGAUACCACCCGCCCGCGCGCCAGCUCGCGCACCAUCUUUGACGCUUCGAUGAUCGAGCACGGGCGCACGCCCUCGGCUGGCAGCUCGAGAGCGUCGAGUAUCGAUAGCGGGAGUUCGGGCUCGGGCUCGGGGUCGUCGCGUCCGCCGCUCAAGACUGCCUACGCGGCUACGGGCGAGACGCCCGCUUUGGACAGCAAGUCCUCUUCGCUGGACGGGAAGGAUCCCGUGACGAUGGCCAAGGCGUUGUACCCGCCUCCGUCUCCUUCGGCGUCGCGCGGUCCUUCGACGUCGCGCCCGCCGAGAUCGCAUAGUCGUGCGUCGAGUACCGCGACGCAUCGGAGGAGGACGUCGGUGUAUGAGAGGAAACUGUGUUGGUCGCUGCCGAGGUGGUUGAGGAGGCCUUUGUGGGCGUGGUGGGACCGGGUGAUGAUGGUCCUCUCACCGGAGUGGUUGAGGACGACGCUGUUAGUUUGGGCUGCGUGGUGGGCUAUGUCGUUAGCCUAUACGAUGUUCAACGUCUUUCUUCCCAAGCUGUUGGAGACUGGGACAUCGGCUUUGGAAGUGCCGUCUACGUCCCACUCGAAGAGUUUGGAGGAAACCUUGUGGGAUGUGGUUAUUUUCACUAUUGGGGGGUGUCCUGGUGCCAUCGCUAUGUGGGCUGUGUUGUACGGUUGGACGCCGGAGAUCUUUGGAACGAAAGUCCGUGGCAGUGCCUGCGGGAUUGCGUCUGCACUUUCUCGAAUUGGUGGAAUGAUCGCCCCAAUCCUAGGCGGUAUACUCUUGAUGAUUGACCGUUCGUUCCCUGUUUAUACCAGCGUGGUGGUGUUCGUUGUUGCUGGAUUUUGUGUGUUGUUGUUGAGGGAGACGCCGAGGGAUGGGGGGAGUGAGAAGGGGGAGAGGGUGGUUGCUCAUUGA